CGCACUCUCGUACUUUGCUCUCGAUUUUUUUUUCCAACUGCGAUGACGAUCGACCACGUCAUGCAGCCCGGCGAGGACAGCGUACUGGUGGCGCGGCUUGCGAGCCGCCAUUUCCGACCUGGGAGCGUCGUCAAGGGAGUCGUGCGUCUCGCGAGUCACCAGCAGAAGCCCGACGCUCACUCGGAGAUUGCCCACGUGGUGGCCCAAGUUCAUGGCCACGUCACAGUGGACAGCAACCUGCUGACACUACCGGUCAUGGACUUGGAGCGAAGCCCCUCGGAGGACGACAGGAUGGGUGCAGAGUUGCCCGAUGUACUUAAAUUCCCAGGCGACACGGGCACGUGCAUCUACCGCUCGGCACCAUCCGUGCUGCUGUCGGAUAUCAACAUCGCACCGACUCAGUCCGAGCUUGAAGCAGCCGCUGCAAAGAGUCAUGGAGCUGUUGAUCCUGUAGCUGAGGCUGCCCAAGAGGAGACAGCGGAGCGCUGCACACGGGAGUUCGCCAUUGCGUUGCCAAAGAGUAUCUGCCCCACAUUCCGCGGCUCGUCCGCGAGAGUCUUUUAUGUGGUCUCCAUCACGGCGCAAUGUGCAAUUGCCGGGAGCAAGCCUGUGUCAGUGCAUUUGCCGUUUGAGGUGUAUGGCUCGGAGUAUGUUUUCGAGGCCGGCACCGUGGCUAGUGCAAGCCACAUCGCUGCGAGUCAGCAAAAGAGCGAUGACAGUGCUGCGUCUGGGGAUAAGAGUGCUGAGACCACGCCCAAGAAGCAGCAGGUAGUGGGUGGAAUUACUCGCGCUGGACGGAGUAUAUCGUUGGCACCGGCACCUGUCGGCGUGCGUACGGGUAGUGAGAUUGCGUUCGAGCUGCGUCCUUCACUCAUGCACGGCCGAGUGGAAACGGAACAGAUGCAGCGCGCACAGACGAGCAUUUUCACGAUUGGCAAGGACAGUAGCCAUCUCGUGCGCUUCCUGCUGACAAAGCAGUUCUACCAGCCAGGUGAGGUACUGCUUGGUGUAUUUGACUUCACUCGCGCCAGUAUCCCGUGCUACGAGGUCUCGGCUACGCUGUGUCUAGAGGAGACGCUUUCGUCUAUGGCGCUGGAUCCCGACCGCGUUGUGCAGUCCAAGGUAUUCAGCAGCUUCCACGAGCGCACGCUGGGUGUACUGCAAACGAACGUGCGCUUCAGUAUCCCGCACGACGCGCUGCCGACCAUCAAAACGGACCUGGUGCGCUUCCAGUGGUUACUGCAGUUCGAGUUUUCUGCUGGAGCACCCCCACAAAAGGGAAGCAGCGAUGCUCCGGUAGAGCAGCAGCGACAAACGUUCCAGUGGCAAGUGCCGAUCGUCGUACAGCCUGCGGUGGCUACAGAGCGCAAUCAGCUCGCCAAUGUGCCGCACAAGCUCUACUUCGGUAGCACUCGUGUGGCAUCGCUGUCGGGUGCCUGAUUAACUACGCUACCCUAUUAACAAGCGUAUACCCCCUUUUUGUUAUGUGAAUACUUGGCUCAAGACGAUUCUUUAAACAGCUUGCCGAC